GGUCUCUUUUAUUCUUUUAAACAGCAGUCUUGAACGGUAACAAAGCACAACAAUGUUUCAUCUAGCUGACUAUCUAGCAAACAUACGUAUCGGCGAGCACGAGUCCUCCAAUAGAGGGGGAUAUAUUACAACGGGUUUCACAGGUCCAGCACAUAAUAGUGCGAUAUCGGCAGCCUCUCAACACCUCUUUCUGGACGACAGUGAUGAAGAGAGCAAUGAAGGCAUCCAGGAAGUUAGCCAUGGAAUACACAGUGCUAGUCCUUCAGUGGAUCUUUUUAUUGAACACCUCUACCAGAUCGUCAGUGACCCAGAAACCAACUACUUUAUACUAUGGAGAAAGGAUGCGCGUGGUGUGCAUAUGCGCCAAUGUUCGGAUAUUGUCGCCAAUCUAAUGGGGCUUGGGUUUACUCGCCAUGCGCUUCCCACAAGGAGCGCUGUUGUUGAAGAGCACCAAAGGGUCGUUUACUCACAUCCAUGGUUCAAGAGAGAUAUGCCAGAUCUUUUGUCUAGGAUUACAGGCCACUGGGGCCUCGAUGACCAGGGAACUCCAUGGUUUCGUCUUUGAAUACUGACUAAUUUACUGUAUUUCUGUUAUUAUACCCUUCACGUAGUUCUACUUACAAUAUAUCUACUGUUUCAGAUAGUAUAAUCGAUAUAGACAUAUAGACAUAUCUUUAUCUUUACCUAUAUAUAAGAUUUUAUAGUCCAAAAAGUGUCCGACUGUCCGCUAGAAAUUAUUUAAUUGGUUAAAAAA